AGGUGCCAAUCCAAUACGAGGUCGCGUCGGCAUCACAUCGGAGCGGAGGCGGAUCGGAAAAUCAAAAGACCUUUCUCGGAAGAAACCAUCGUCAUCGGAGAGGACUGCCUUCGACUUAUUUUCUUUUCACCCAAGUCACAUUUCUUGAGGAUUUUGAAGCACCAUGCGAUCAAUAACACACGCGGCGCGCAGGGCAGCUGGCAGCGCCUUCGCGUCACAAGCCCUCAAGAGUUACUCACGGCUUCCAUCGCUCGCGUCCAGAAAUCCGCUGGUUUGGCGGCAGCCCACUCCAACCCGUCGUGGAUUCGCGCCGAUCGUCCGGUACAACUCUUCACUAUCUGUGCCCGGGGCCAAACCUCAGCCAGCCGAAGCGCGAGACGAGCCUUCCUACGAACUGAGCUUCACCUGCAAGCCCUGCCUCUACCGGUCCACCCACCGCAUCACCAAACAUGGCUACCACCAGGGAACGGUUCUGGUGACCUGUCCGUCCUGCAAAGCCCGCCACGUUAUCGCCGACCACCUCAAAAUCUUUCUAGACAAGAGCUCGACUCUGGAGGAUAUAUUAAGGAAAAAGGCAGCGGCCGGCGAAGAUUUCACCAAACUAUUGAAAAAGGGAAGACUAGGCAUCCGCCCGGGCGAUUUGGUGGGCAAUGAAGGCGAAGAGGAUCUUGAGUUCUGGGAGGAUGGCACCGAAUCUGUGCACACCCCGAUUGAGGAAAAGCGAGCAGGUCAACAAGGUUGAUAUCAAUACCGGGGCCACGUACGGAGUGCAAAUACAAUCUCUGAUGCCUCGUCGCGCCGUUACGUCGACAGAGAACACAGACGAUGGUCGGUGUUCACGUCUUACUGUCGCAACAUCUCUUCACACCUCGAUGGACAGAUUAUGACCUCAAAGUCUGACUCGCCAGCGUAUCAGACUUUCUGUUGCCACCACUUCCUUCUCAUCAGAAUACGAGAAAGGUCAACGUCCACAUCGAGGUCAGGAAACAUCUACCAAACCCAUCUCCGCUCCACUGCACCGAACUCUAGUCAGCACUUGACUGCCCAAGUGCCUAAGUGAGCUGCUUGCCCCUUCCAGCCCUACGAUUUUGUCGGCCUCCGGUCACGGCUGGGCUUGCUGGAAAGGACCUUUCGAGCCGAUAGGAGACUGUACUAUACGUGUACGGUUUACGAAGCGUGUAUAGUUGUCGCUUCGUUCGCAGAAAACCGACAGACCCGUUCGCCGAGGGCGGUCGCGCGGGAGUAUGUACAAAAAUGUAUGAACACGAUAGAUGGCGUUCAAAAAUUGAUACUAUUAGUUUCGGAUGUUUAUGACUCUACGAGACCCUCUUUGUCCGAUGCGUUCUAGGUGUAAUCUUCUCUCUUCAAUGCCCAUUAACAACAGUCUCCCUGACCAAAUACA